AUGACGCUGUCCGACUUGCUAUCCCCAACUUCCUCUUCUCUUUUGUGUGGAGAUUACAUUGGAAUGGAGAGCUCGACUGACGUGCUUAAGGACGGUGAGGAUCAUCAACUGCUACCGAAGGUGACCGGUAGCGGUGGUGAUGGGCAUGAUGGUAAUUUUGGUGAGAGGGUAAGGAGUAGGAGGGAGCAAAAAUGGGCAUUGAAGAAUAAGGAGUUUCCACCUCCUAUACCUUUGUUGGCACGCACUGAGAACUUGCCUUCUCGUAUGCCUUGGGUGUUGAAGAGGCAUUGCACAGAUGAUGGGAGAUUGAUUCUCACGGAGGAGAAGGUUAGGCAUCAUGAGUACUUCAGGGCUCAUAGGUCAAAUGGCAGGCUCACUUUGCAGCUUAUACCGCUUGAUGAUGAGAUUUUGAUUUCCCCGUUUGCUUGCAAUGGGAAUGGGAAUGAGAACGAGAACAUGAAUGAGAACGAGAAUCAUAAUGGGAAUGAUGAUGAUGAUGAUGAUAAUGAUGUUGGUGAUGGUGGCGGCGACAACAACGAUGGUUGUGAAGGAUGA